AUGGAGAGACAACUCCAAAACUCAGGCCAGCAAGCUGGAGUUGAACAAGAGAAUGCACAGCGCAAUGAGACCCCAAACGCCAGCUCGCAGAACCCAAGUUCGUCACUACUUGUUGACCAGCACCCUAUUGCUUUCGAAGGAGAGCGCGUUGAAGGAGUAGGCUGCGGGAGUGACCCUCCGAUCAGGGAAGAAGAUGUACACAUUCGGAUCUGGCAAGAACUAUCGCGUCGAAGACCAAUGGUAAUGUCUCCAACAUCCCCUUUGCAGAAUCCAAAUCGACGCGAGGUGUUCGAGUAUCAUGACGGCGUAAAUUCUAUGACAAUCCUCGGUGAAGCUCUGGGUCAACCACGAGCGACCAAGCUAGUGCGGCUCCUCGUUCUGGAGGACGGAUCCAAAGUCGAUCCACAAGAAGCCUUCCCAGGUCUCGACGAGGUGGACGUUGAAUAUCUACAGAAGAAGGGAGCACUGAACUUUCCCCCACGUCAUGUUUGCCGUGAGCUUCUUCGCUUAUACUUUGCUUGCAUUUAUCCAUAUGCGCCUAUACUGGACCGUGUCAAGUUUGUGCAGGAUUAUGAGACCGGUCAGCAUUCUACUUUCCUCUUGCAAUCAAUUCUAGCAAACGCAGUCCCGUAUGCUCCUCGCAAAUUGCUUCAUGAAGCAGGCUACCAGGACCGAAUCACAGCUCAAAAAUCACUGUUCUCAAAAGCUCGGCUGCUCUACGAUCUAGGAUGUGAGACCAGCCAGCUCCAUCUUCUUCAGGGCUCAAUCAUGUUGAGCUCUCUGUCAUUUACCUACGCCAUGGACAAGGAUUACAGAUACUGGCUGAGCAAUGCAGGUAGGAUUGCCACUCGAAUGGGCUUGCAUAGAAAUUACAUGUCGGAGACGCUUGAUAAGCAUUCCACCCGUUUAUUUCGCCGUAUCUGGUGGGUUUUGUAUAACCGAGAUACACUCAUGGCAGUUUCUGGGAUCGAUAACCUCAGGAGAUUUGAUGAUCGCUACUGUGACACUGAACCGCUGACAGAGUCUGAUUGUGAGGAGGAAGUUGAAAUACCACCAACGUACAGCGAUAUCCUCCAGCCUAUGCCCAGGCUGCAAAAAGUAUUCAUGGUGGAGUACAGCAAAUUGUCAACUAUAAGUGGACGAUUCAUCCAUGACUUCAAGAGUCCAGGUGUGAUACCAACUCCGAAUGAAAUUAACCGAUUCAGUGAGCAGCUGGCUUCCUGGAGAAGACAACUUCCCGGGGAGAUGCAAAUCGGGGCACUCCAAGAGUGGUCGUCAGAUAAUAUAUGGGUCUUAGUAUUGCUAGCCAUGGGCUUCCGCCUAGAGGCCAUAUUCUGUCGUGCCGUCAAACAAUAUCAUCACACAAGGAACGACUUUUCCUCUAUGCAGAAAUUCGCUCAACGGCAAGAGAGCGCUAUGUUCGAGCUUUCUACAAUCAUUCAGCGUGCUUCGAUGCAUCAGGUGCUCCACUUAUGCCCCUUAUCGUUCAUGACCUGUGCGUCAACUAUUCUAGCUAUGCGCAUUGAGAUCGCCCUCGACUCAACCACCACCCCUCGAAAGCAGCUCGCCAUCAAGACCCAGAUCUUUGCGGAGCUCGAGUAUCUGAGGGAGAGUUGUGAAUACUGGAGCAGUUUGAUAUGGACAGUGCGCAUGUUUGAGGCUGUUAUCAGCAGGACAGGUCUUGGGCUUGUGCCUGCCUCGGCGAAUGGGUCCCCAGAAGAGGAUGAUGAUGUGACUCCAGCCAAUCAAAGCAGUGACCCGAGGGCAUUCAAUGCGAGUCUACAAAAUGCACCUUUGGAUUUCCAAGAUAUCGACGCUCCUCACUCUACUGGCGCAGAUGCGAUUUCUAUGAUGCCCAUGUCAGACGACAUAUUUGGCAUUUUACCGAUCACUGAUAACUACGACUGGCUCCAGAGUUUGUUCGGAAGCAAGCUAAAUGAUGACUUUAUGGAUGAGUUCAGUAGUAUCGUCUAG